GCCGCGCCGCCGACACUCUCCAGCGAGAGGCUAUUUAAAACAGUGCGCAGGUCCGAACCUCCAAGUUUGUGGCGUGUAAUGAUCAGUGUUGCCCCGACAGCCGACCCAAACGCACGCACGCGCUAACUGUGUUUGUUUAGAUACACGAGUUCCCCCCACGUGAAAAUGGCUGACAGUGGUCUGAAGAGGAAUAUCCCCAUCAAGCUGGGAGACUUCUCUGUGAUCGACACGGAGUUCUCCAGCAUCAGGGAGCGCUUCGACGCCGAGAUGAGGAAGAUGGAGGAGGAGAUGAGCAAGUUCCGCUCCGACCUCAUGAACCGCGAGAGCAACAACUUCUUCAAGAGCACCACCAGGUCUUAUAAUCGUGAAACGGUUUCCUCCGGAGGGGUAACCAAGUCUUCUGAAAGCUCCACCACCUCGUCCCAGCACAGCGACAGCCGGCAGCUGGCCGAGCCCGCCAACACGCACUGGGACAGCCUCAACUCGCCGCUCAUCCAGGAUGAGGGAGACGGCAAGUCCCUCAAGCUGAGGUUCGACGUCAGUCAGUACACGCCCGAAGAGAUUGUCGUGAAGACCGUGGAUAACAAACUGCUGGUGCACGCCAAGCACGAGGAGAAGUCGGACACCAAGUCGGUCUACCGGGAGUACAACCGCGAGUUCCUACUCCCCAAGGGCACCAACCCCGAGGCCAUCAAGUCGUCCCUCUCCCGCGACGGAGUGCUCACAGUCGAGGCGCCGCUGCCGCAGCUCGCCAUCACCGACAGACACAUCCCCAUCCAGAAGCACUGAGCUAUUCCAUAUUAUGUUAAUGUCUAAUUUAUUUUUUAAUUUUAGCCGCGUGUGCAGUAGGCAAUAGCUGACGCGCAAUAUGUUUAGGAACGUUGCAAAAUGACGCGGAGAUUGUAGACAAAAGUGAAUAAAAAUCUGCGUCAAAAUUCAACAAAUUGCGAAACAUGUUGAGCUUCAAAUGUUGCCUAGUGGAUACGCGGCUUUACUUUUACUGUAUUACGUUAAGGAGCAUCGGCGACAUUCUCGGAUAUUUAUUUUGAGUUAACAGAGAUCUGUAUUGUGUUGUUGAGUCGGGGCGUUGCGUCAUUAGCCGGCGCUGUAGAGUCGAUGUAAGCUUUCUCUGUGAUUGUAGAGUUCAUUCAUUUCUCAUGGUCUGAAUCUCGGAGUUGUGAGGGCAGUGGUUUGUGUCGUCAUGUAUGAAUUUCAUUGUUAGGUAAUUAUAAUAAAAAUGAUAUUUUCUAAUCUACAGACAUUUUACACCAAAUUUGGCCUACGAUCUGUUUGCAGACAACCGAGCUUAUGAUAUUACUGUGUUCUAUGAUAAGAAUUAUAAGAUUUUACAGACCACAAAAGUAUAAACGUUACAAGUGAAUUAUUUUUUACAAAUGUUAAAGUCCAUUAGCUUAACACCACCUUAUUGUAAGCGCUUAACAAGCAUUUUAUAGGAACACGAAUUAACAGCUUUUAACUUGAACACAGAUUGAUACAUUUAGUACAAACAGUUGUUAUUAAUGUUUUAGAUGUCAAUAAAUUAUAAAAUCCGA